ACAAUCGGACACGCUUCAGUGCAGCGUCAGCAGGCAGACAAAGAGGUCGGGCGUUGAUCUCUGCUCGACACUCGCUUGCUGUUCGCUCGAAAACCAUGUCGACGCGAUUCGCGUCGUUUCCCAUUUCGCCGGUGAGCGAACCGGACGAAGCAUCACCGCCGCGCAGAAAAAGACAACGUCUGACGCACAUGUCCGACGACGAGAAACAGCUGAGAAGGAAGCUAAAAAACAGGGAAGCAGCGCAGAGCGCAAGAGACCGGAAGAAGGCGCGCAUGGAUGAACUAGAGAAAGUGGUGAAAGAACUACAACAGCAGAACGAAGCUCUGACACAAGAGAACCACGCCCUAAAGGCGAGACUUCAACAGAGCAACACGGAGAACUCGCAGCUUCGCGGGCAGUUGUCCAUUGCGACUCCGCCCAGCAGUCCGGUAGAUCGGAAGGACGUUAUUCUGAGUCAGGAAUUAGCCGACCCCAUGACCGAGUCAACAGAGUCCGCAGCACUCAGCCUUUCUCUGCAGCAGAAAGCGUUGGCUCAGUCCGUGGACGGCAACCUCUUGAACAGAUUUGUCUCCACGCUGGUGACGGUCACGCUGAUAUACUCAGCCUCUUUGAUCAACUGUCAGACAUCGAUGCCGGUGUUGAUGUUGCCCUCCUGCAUCUUCCAGAAAACUCCAGAACAGUUGGAGCAGACAGAGGAGCAGAAACGGGAUCGGACAACGAAGACAGUGAAUCCCCUGAGAGUGGUGUGGAUUCCGAAUGGUUGACAGAAACAUCGUUUCUGGAUUUGUCUACAUUUGAUGAUCAGGUUGAUGACUUUUCUGUCGAAGAUCUGUUUCCAGAUCUUUCGGGUUUAUAGAGUAUCCGUAUCUGUGAGGAGCUAGAAAACAUUGUAAAUUUUGGUAGUGUGACUGACUUUCCUUUAGUGUUCAUGGAAAACGAUUAGAGCUGGGGUAUCAUCUACUUUAUAGAUAUCAAUGACUCAUCUACUUUA